AGAGCUCACGAAUCUUUUAGUCGCGAUUUGUCCUUCACAGAGUGUGUAUGUGUGUCAUUGUGAGGUAAUAGUCACUUCUUUUUUUUUAUCAGCUAUCAGGCGAGCAUAUUUUUUCACUCGACGGAUAACGAUAUAAGAUGCCGUAUCGUGGAAAGUUGCGACUGCUCGGGAGAGCAUAUCUGGCCUUCGGAAAGAGCGAGGGUAAUCCGAAUCUCGCUGUCGUCGCGAGCAGAAAUCUGUCUACGAGCCGCGCGCUCGAUAUGAGGUUCGUUCAAUUCACAAACAAGGGCGGUGGCCCUCAACAUCUCGGGGUCCAGCUGAAACAAGGAGGCGACAUCAUCGCCGUGUCGGCGGUCGAUUCGCGGAUCCCGAAUACGCUGAGAAAGUUUCUCGAAGGCGGCGAUGAUCUUCUCAAAAAAGCUAAAAGGGAAGACGAUAUCGACCUAAGGAAGGCAGUAGAGAGAAUAGUCGCUGAGGGACGGAGCAUUAUACCCGAGAACGACGUCAACUUUCUGGCGCCAAUCACACGUAUGGAUAAACUCGCCUGCAUCGGUCUCAAUUAUAGCGGUCAUUGUGAAGAGCAAGGUUUACCGAUUCCAGAGAGUCCGGUAGUCUUUAGCAAAUUUCCCAGCAACAUCAUCGGACCGCGCGACAACAUCCUACUACCGCAAAUCUCAGAUAAAGUCGAUUGGGAGGCCGAGCUGGCGAUAGUGAUCGGCAAGAAAUGCAAAAGCCUCAGCAAUAAUGAUGUUGAGGAUUAUAUAUUCGGUUAUACGGUAGCCCAGGAUGUGACGGCGCGCGAUUGGCAGAAAUCAAAGCGAAACGGCGGUCAAUUUCUGCUCGGCAAAGCGAUGGACACGUUCUGUCCGCUUGGUCCGGCAGUCGUCACUAAAGAAGCGAUAUGCGACAUCAAUAAUCUAUCCGUGAGGACAUGGGUGAAUGGCAAAUUAAAGCAGGAUGGCAACACCAACGAACUUAUCUUCAAACCGCACGAAAUAGUCGUUUAUCUUUCACAAUUUAUGACAUUGUUACCAGGCGAUGUGAUUCUUACCGGUACACCUGCUGGUGUGGGAUUCACGCGCAAACCACCAGAAUUUUUACAGCGUGGCGACGUAUUGGAAACUGAAAUCGAGAGUCUGGGACGUCUGAGAAACAAAGUAAUUUGAAAUAAUAAACCGAGAGUAUGCCUUUGGAAAGCGUUAUCAGAACUUUUUCACAAGACUAGACGUUUCUUCGGGUAUCGACAUCCGCGAUGACGUUGAAUCAUCCCCAAAACUGUGUCUGAUUUGGAUACAGGAAUACGUACUCGAAGAACAUCGAUGAUUUUAACGCGAUUGUAAAUGUUUAUGCCAGAGGUAACAGCAUCACCAUUCUUCGCUCAGGGCACAGACACGCCUAACAACAUUGAUAACACAACGCUAAUUUUCUAUGUGUCACGUAUUUUACGUACUUAUAUAAUUAAAAUCAGAUUAUUUCUA